AAAUUGUAAAUAAUUUUUUUUUUAAGAAGAAAAAAACACAGGCGGAUUUUGAUUAUUUUUGUGUUUUUUCGUGAGGAUUUAAUAGAAAAUCUUAACCGAGGAGAUUGCAAAAAUUUAAAAAUUAUAUAUAUUAAAUUAAGAGUUUUUGAAUUUUAAGAAAAAUAUUACUAAAGUGGAGAAUUUUUGGAAUUAAUUAAGAAGAAAAAAGCAUAAAAAUGAUUUCUUUCGCUAUCACUUCAAAUGGCUGGAGAGGUCUAUCUUUGCCUUCAUUCAUCCGGCCGGUUCUUGACACCUCCAAAGGCGUGGAAUAUUCAAUACAUUAAUUUGGAAACAAUUGCAUGCGCAGAAACUCCAAUUGGCUUUUAAAUUGGUUCAAGUAGUUGUUAUUACUAAUCAUAAAUCUCUCAUUAAUUUGUGGCCAAAACUGAAAGGAUUUUCCAUGGAGAAAAUCAACAGUCCCAUUGCAUCAGCAAAUGGUUUUUUUGACUGUUCCAACUCCCCAAGGUAGCCUAAUUAAAUAGGAAAUCAACAAACUCCAAUUGGCUUUUCAAUUGCUUCAUGUACUUACUAUUACUACUACUCAUGUAUCUCUCAUUAAUUUGUGCUCAAAAUUGAAAGGAUUUUCCAUCGAGGAAACCAACAGUCCCUUGCAGCAAAUGUGUAUAUAUUUGACUUUUCCAAUUUCCGAUGGUUCAUGAAUAUUCGGUCGUGACUGCAAAUGCAAAAGAAAUUAAAGGGUAGCAAUUAAAAGUAGUCCUUUCCAAGAGUAAACACUAUAUAUAAAAAGCGUCACAGCCAAGGCAAUACAAGUUAAUUAACUGGGUACUGUGACAUACCUAACAUGGCAACAACCAAAGUAAGCCUGAAGCUUUUCAUAGACAAGAAGAACCGACGGGUGCUCUUUGCUCAAUCAGACAAGGAAUUCGUUGAUUUCCUAUUUAGCAUUUUCACUCUGCCGGUCGGAACUGUCACGAGGCUUCUCAAAGAAGGAGGCGGCAUGGUAGGCUGCUUGCCAAGCCUCUAUCAGAGCAUCGAAAAUAUGAGUGUUACUCACAUCCAGCCAGACAAAAACAAACGCUUCCUGUUAGAACCCAGAGUAUUCAUGCCUGGUGCUAAAGUCCCUCUCCUAUUGCCCAACGUUGGCUCAACAUUCCGUCAAUUGUAUAGGUGUUAUACUUCGACCGCAUACUGUAGUAAUUAUGUGGCUGAUGAUGAUAGCACAAUUUGUGCUUCGUGCAAAAAUAAAAAGGACCGGAUCGCAACAUUCACAGACCCCCAAGGCCAAGGCGCAACAAUGGCAUUCUCAACUAGUGAGGAAGGUUACGUGAAAGGGACGGCUAUAUACAUGGUGAUGGAUGAUUUGGAGGUGAAGGCCUUGUGUACCAGCUCUCUUGUCACUCUGCUUACACAGUUUAAUAUUAAGGAUAUAGGUGAUAUUGAGGAGAAAGUUGUCGAUCUGGGCAUGGAUGAGGGUGUGAAAUUGCUCCAGGCUUCUUUGCAAUCAAAGACUGUUAUGACUGACGUCUUCCUUCCAGUUCCGGCGGUGAGCGUUAUGGAGAAAGUUAAUAUGUAGAUCAGUUUUUGACAUGUGAUAAUUCAGUUUCCAUAUCAGAAUGAAUAAAUCAAGGGAUUGGUCGUAUGUGCGUUGCAUGUGAAGUAACCGAAGGUUAUAGCAAUUAAUGUUGACAAUCAGUGCUUUAUUUUUAGUUUUCAUACAGGAGAAAUAGUAAUCAUGUGAUUGCUAAUUUGUUGUUCUUUUUAGUUGCAAUUAAUCAUGUUUCCCAUUUCCGGUUCCAUGUUAGUCAAAUUUGGUACGUGGCAAUAUCCCUUUUAUUUUGUUUAUGAUGAAACAGCAUUAUGAUUUAUCGAAUUAGUAUGUGAAUUAAACUUCGGUUAU